AUUACUCAGCGCGUAGUCAUGCAGGCUGUCUGUUCCCCCGCCGCGCCAUCUCGCGUUGUUUCGCCACAGAAUCAACACAGCUGAGUCCCAGAGUCCCAGUUGCUUGGCUACGGCAGGCGCGUUUGAUCGGUAUCGCAACGUUUUAUAUGAACAUAAACGAUUUUAAUUUGUGUAAAGAUUUUAAAAAAAAACAUAGAUAAUAUAACAAACGUUUGAAAACUACGCGGUUUCCGAAAAAGUUUAUAGUAUCGACUUAAGUCUGUCGUUCGUGUCAAACUUUGUGAUUGUGUUUCAAUGAUAUGUUUACAAAUCGCGUAUUGCAAUUUUAAUGUUUUUUCAUCGUAAAUUUAUUAUACAAUUUUGUAAAGACGUUUGAAUUUUAUUUUUUUUAUUGGUUUCAUCAUUUUUGCGUGUUUCGUGUGUCAUUUCUACCAGAAUGGAAAAGGGCGGAGGCUCCAGACUGCUUCAAAUGCAGGCCAGAUUUCAACAGAAACAACUACAAGAAAGAGAAUUGAAAAUAGCAUCGCUUUACGAAGCACAACAGGCGCGUGCCUUGGACCGGGUGAGGCAAUCUCCCAGCAAUGGCGUUAGUACAGCCUCAUCGCAGCAGCCGACGCCUGUACCUCAUCAGCCAGGAAAGGUUCGUCAAAUGUUCGAAGAGAGACGCACAAAAGCAGGCAUUGACAAGAGCUACCCGCUACAGCCGAUACACAACACCGAAAGAACGAACCGGAAGACAUUACCGAACGGAUACGCGAAGGUUUCGAAUUCCACCACCAGCACGAGGGUCAUAGUCGAGAAGCGAUCGCAGAAGACACAUACAACAGUCAGCUCUCAUAGCGUUAAGAAACAGCAAAAAAUAGACAAUUUGGUGAACGGCUCCGGUGAUCUCAACCACAAUCACGAAGAUGACAUUAGCGCUGUUAAACAUUCGCUUCCACAAAGCAACGGCGAAAUCGGUACAGACAAAGAUGAACCGGACAAGGUGGAAAACAAUAAUGAUUUACUAGAAAAUGAAACGUUUCCGGAAAUGUUGGCGCCCAUACCCACGCCCCGGACACCGGAACCGAUUCCCGAAACAAAGAAGACUACUGUUACUAAGACUGCACCAGCCAAAACGAGCCCUGUAAAAUCGAAACCACAGACACCCGUAACGGCUUCACCUCGUAGAAUUACCAGUGAUAGAAGCGUAUCGGAGACGAAUAAGACACGGGGUGCUAUGCAACGACCAGCCAACACAACACCCAGAAAACCACCUGUGAAGGCGAACAGUGCGGGUUCUGGUACUCCUAAGGGUCGAUCCACGACGGCGACAGCUCCGACCAGCGCGGCCGCGUCGGGUGACGCGUGCGGCGUCUGCGGUCGACACUUCGCCUCCGAUCGCAUCGCUAAACACCAGGAGAUCUGCAAAAAGGCCCACAGCAAGAAGAGGAAACCCUUUGAUGUACUCAAACAUCGUUUGGCUGGAACGGAAGCAGAACCCUUUAUCAAUAAAUUGCGCAAAACCACCGCUACUCCGUCAACUACUAAAGUGAACAAAGGCAAGCAAUUGAACAGCAACUGGCGACAAAAACACGAAGAGUUCAUCCAGGCAAUACGAGCGGCGAAACAAGUGCAGGCACAUUUGAAUGCUGGAGGUAAGCUGAGCGAUCUGCCGCCCCCUCCGCCGUCGGAGAAUCCGGACUACGUGCAGUGUCCUCAUUGCAAUCGCAGGUUCAACCAGGGCGCUGCCGAGCGACACAUUCCGAAGUGCGCAAACUUUCAGUUCAACAAACCGAAGCCGGCCGCUAAACGACGAUAACCAGGAAAUCCUAAAGCGCAUUAUAUCAAUAUCAUUUACGGAGACUUGUUUAGAUUUUUUCCGAAACAGCGAUCACUGGCUACAAAGCAUUUUCUUCAUACGGUGAUUGCAUUAAACAGUAUCAUACCUUACUGUCUUUGACGUAAAGUAAAUCUUUUAAAUCGUAAUAUUUGUUAAAUCAACUUGUGAUUAGGGAGUCUUAACAUCAAUUUAUAAUCUCUGCUGGUAAUCUUGCAACGUAACUUUGGCUAAAUAGAAAUUUGAUCUUUAUUUUUCCGUUGAAUAGUUUUGAGUAGUUCCUAAAGUUGAGAUCUCUGAAAUGUCGGACCCGUUUGCGUGUAAGGAGUAUUAUACAUCGAAUCGAAUUAUUGACUGUCUGAUUCAGAUAUUGUUCACGUACACGCUUUUCUACUUAGUUAAAAUAUUUUACGAUAUUAUAUCAACGAAUUUACCUAAUAGUAACAACUAACUAAUCGCUAAGUAACCGACCCGAUUGCUGAUUUACGAAUCGUGUCAGAAAUGGACGAUGCAAUCGAAUUAGUGAAAUUUGAAAGGAAUUGUCGUUUGAAACCUAAAGGCGUAUUCACGUUGAGCGAUUUUUUGUUGCGCGUCUGUUUGGCGACGGUCUUGUAUUACACGGUUUGGAUAAUCAUAGCACACGUCCAUGAUUAUACAUGCUAUUUCCGUCGCCAAAGCAAUACGAAUAUUCCUUUGAGAAGGCGUUAAGUUCGUUUGUAUUUAAAUAUUCGACUUCUAUUUUUUUUACAUUUAUUUGUUAUUGUUGUAUGUUUCGAAAACAAUUUAUUUUCUAAUGACGCAACGAGCAGCGUAUUUGUAGUUUUAAAACUCCAUAAGUGAUAUAACAAAUUAAAUUUGAAUUACGUUGGAAAUACAAUAUAUUUCACAUUCAAUAAUAGUUGCUUUAUAAACAUGUUAACGACUUUCAUACGCAAAUGUUUAAUAUCUAUUAAUAAAAUAUAGUAAAGAUAGA